UCCGACCCGAAGGCUACUGUCUCGACCCGAUUGUUUUUGCCUACUAAGAGAGUUAAAGAGCGAGCUAAAAGGCUGCGGAGGUCUCUCUCCGAGGAUCUUUCUAACGGAGAUUUGUCAGAGAACAUACUUGCGAUGACGUUCAGACAAGUUGUUCUCCGACAGCUGUGGAACUUCCAGCUUGUUUUGUUCGGACCUGGAGCUGAAAGAGAGAUGGGAGAUUACCAAAACCCUCGAGAGGUUUCGACGUCCUUCACUGUCAGCUCAUCCGACGAAAGGGUUAUAUCUGUUAUUGCAGAAGUUAUAUGCAUCUCCGCUCUUCAAAACACCAAGAAGCAUUUCCUCGAUGAUUAUCUGGGGAAAGCCAAGUUUCCCUUUCUCAAGUGGUUAACGAAACACAAGAGGUUUGCUUCAAGAGACUCCUCGGUUGUUUUGCAUAAGGUAUUUGAUGAUGAGCUUAACGAGAAUACAAAUCAGUUGCUUGAGUAUUUCCAAUCGAGUAAGGAAAACUUCCAAGUUUCGGACACGAGGCAAAGAAGUCGGUGGUGGAACUUGUCUGCUAGUUCUAAGUUGGAAAAGAUUGGUGGUGCUGGGUUUAGUAAUUGGGCAAGUGAGUAUCUACCCGCAUAUCGGCUAGAAAUUGAUAGUGCAAUACUUGGGGAUGUAAAGCUUGAAGGCUGGAGGAAGUCUGGUGAGAAUAAGGGGGAGGUUCUUCUAACCCACUCCCAAAUGGUUGGAUUGGCUGAAGCAUUGGAUAUUUACUUUGAAGAUAUAUACUCACUUCCCAGGAAACAGCUACCGUGUGAUGCGUUUGGAAAUUACGGAAACUUACCCAGUGAAAAGAGAGGAUUGUCUUUGUUGAAAAUGAUAUCUGUCACCGUAGCCAGUGGAAUUCUCCUUCUUGCCGUGAGUGCUGCGGCUCAGUUCGCUAUCCCUCAGAAAAGCGAGAGAAAAUAUCCUGGAAAACGCCAAGAUAUUCAAUGGUCAGAGAGUGAACUGUUAUCUCAUCAAUCUUCAGAUCCCUCCGAGUUAGAGUCAUUCAGUGGACUAGUCGUCAACAAGCUAAAGGAUGCUUACUCUUGGGUAGGAGAGAUAACCCUAGAUAGCAGCAUAGGUGCUUGGAUUGGAGAAGUACCUGAUUACUUGAAAGAAACUAGCAGAGCUAAAGCCAUUGAAGAACACAUCGGUACAGGCUCUUCUCUUCUGGAGAAACUCAAUGAAGAUGCAAAAGCAUCUGCGCAAGAUAUCGCUACUUACCAGGUAGUGUUAUCAUCCGAAGGUAAAAUUAUAGGGUUCCAACCAACUAGCCGUGUGGCUGUGAACCGCUGGUCUGCUAAUCCUUUAGCUAAAGAACUUUACAACGGAAGAAAACUCUCUCCUGGGCUGAUAGAGCGUGGUCUCGAGAGUGGACGACCUCCAACAAAAGUAGUUGUGUUGGAAUUGUUAAUGUCUGUGAAUUCAGAUCGACCUUUUGCAUUGGUCAGACCAUUACUGCCACAAUAAACCAUUAAGUGCCCCUAGUCUCUUUAGAUGAAAAUUUACAAUACAUGUAGAAUAUGAUUUAUUGCUUAUCUAAUUCAACAGAGGUUUGCAUUG